AUGGAGGAUACACGAGAGAAAGCCUAUAAGGCUGUCACCUAUUCGGCAGUCACUUUUUCAUUUCUCGCUAUUCUCUCAGUAUGUAUCUCAAUGCCAAUCGUCUACAACUUCGUGGACUCAAUUCACCAACAAACGAAACGAGACAUGACUUUCUGUAAAUCGACCGCCAGAGAUAUCAUGUCUGAAAUCAGUCAUAAGAAGCCAAUUGCCGCCGCCAUCGCUGGCAACCUGACCACGAUUCGAAACAAGCGUCAAGCCGUCGGAUGCGCGGGAUGCUGUAAACCAGGUCACCCUGGACGUCCAGGACUUCCAGGACGCAACGGAAAGCCAGGAAUCCCAGGAGCACCAGGAAGGCCAGGAACUCCAGGACGUCCACCAAUUGUGUGCGAGGAGCAAGACAUCCCACCAUGCAAUCCAUGCCCACCAGGACCACCAGGACCACAAGGGCCAACUGGAAACAGUGGACAACCAGGACGUCCAGGAAAUCCAGGACGACCAGGAGCGCCAGGAACACCUGGACCAGUUGGACCAAACGGAGCAUCUGGGGAUCCAGGAGCACCAGGAAACGAUGGAGAGAAGGGAGAGCCUGGAAGACCGGCUCAAUCGACGCCUUCCACUCCAGGAGAGCCAGGAAAUCCAGGAGAUGCUGGAGCAACUGGAGCUCCAGGAGACGAUGGUGCACCAGGAAGAGAUGGACAACCAGGACAGUCCGGACCACCAGGACCACCAGGACCACCAGGAAACGCUGGACAAGCUGGACCACCAGGAAAACCAGGACAACCAGGUCUUCCAGGACCACAAGGAGAGAGAGGAAUCUGCCCUAAAUACUGCGCUCUCGAUGGAGGAGUCUUCUUCGAGGAUGGAACUCGCCGAUAA